AAUAGUUUUACGUUUACAUAUUUUUGUUACGAAAAUAAUAUAUCCUUUGUUAGUAAUACUGAAUAUAUAUUUUUUUCAGAAUGUUUUGGUUAUCAGCCGAAAUUCACCGAGCCGAUCGGUAACAUCACAGUACCAGUAGGACGAGAAGCUAUGUUUACAUGUUAUGUUCACAAUUUAGGAGGCUAUAGAGUUGGAUGGGUAAAAGCAGACACUAAAGCUAUUCAAGCUAUACAUGAUCAUGUGAUUACACACAACGCUCGAGUUUCCGUGUCGCAUACUGAUGAUGCAACAUGGAAUUUGCUCAUAAAAAACGUACAAGAAGAAGAUCGAGGUCAAUACAUGUGCCAAAUCAAUACUGAUCCCAUGAUAAGUCAAAUGGGUUAUUUAGAUGUUGUAAUACCCCCUGACAUCAUUUAUGAAGAUACAUCUGGUGAUGUAAUGGUGCCUGAAGGUGGUACAGUCAAAUUGACGUGUAGAGCUAAAGGAUAUCCUAAGCCACAUGUUCUAUGGAGACGAGAAGACGGAAAAGACAUAAUAAUUAAAGAUUCAAAUAGCAUAAAGACAAGAGGUUGGUUGCUAGAAAAAUUAAAUAAUACAUUUUUUAGUAUAUAAUACAUACUGUUAUAC